UAUUUUUUAAUGGAAUUAAAUACUUCCUAUCGAUUAACUAGAUCCCAAUCCUUAUGUGGUAUUCGUUCAACAUCUGCCGGAAAUUAUCCAGUCGUUCCAAGAACAUAUUCAAUUACUGAUUUUGCUGAUUAUCGAAGAGAAGUUUUAGCACAUCCAAUUACUUGGCCUAGAGUCCCAGUUCUUCGUCCACGUAUUUCUACAUACGUUUACAGACCUCAUUGGACAUAUCGCUCCCAUUGGCCUCAUAGCCAAAUACACUUUCAAUGUCCGCCGGGUCCAUACGAAUAUCGCAAGGAUCCAUUUCAUUGGGCAUAUCCUUAUCAUCCAACAUGGACAAAAUAUAGAACUGAAUGGUAUAAAUUUAAUAAUAUCAACAAUCAUCGAAUUUCCGGUGCUUGGAACCACCCAAACUUGCUAAAUAAUCUCUUUUGA